UAUUUUUAUCACACUAAUGAAAUAAGAAUAAUAAUUUUCGUGAUAGGAAAAAAUGGAAGCCUUGUAUUUAACUUUGAACUCAGGUCCAAUCUCAGAACUUCUGCAUGGAAGCUGUAAACCUGAACACGUUGACGUCGUAAAGCAUGAAGUUGACGAUGAUUCUGUACAGGAUGCACUUGUUCAGAGUUCACAGGAUAUACACGAGAAUUCGUACGAGGAGGAUGAGCAAAUACCGCAGGGGGGUGAAAUAAAAAUCAAAGAAUCUGGAAAGAAAGUAGAAGACUGUGGAUCUUGUGAAAAGUGUGGGAAAAUUUUCCUCUCUAAAGUAAGACUGAAGAAACACUGGCAAAGCUGUUCUAAAUAUCACCACUGUGCACCAUGUGGAAAAUCGUUUGUUGGUUUAACAAGCCUAAAGAGACAUAUGAAGAGUCAUUGCGAGUUUUUCUCUUGUGAUAUUUGCCAAUAUAAAUUUAAGUCUCAAUCUAUUUUGGAAGAGCACAUGAACACUCAUGUAGAGGACCCUGUGAAUACACUUGAAAAGAAAGGGAAAGAAAAAACGUCUGUAAAGACAUUAACAAAGGAAAAUAGAUAUUCUUGUGACUACUGUGAAUACAAGACGAGUAAUAAUAGAAAUUUGAAGAGACAUGUUGAGCAUCUGCAUCUAGGGAUAAAGUACGAGUGUAAGGUUUGUGGAGAACUGUACGCAUCAAAAUCAAGCCUGUACAUGCACUCAAAUGUACAUACAGAUGAUCGACCUUUUAUUUGCACAGAAUGUGGAGAUCGGUUUAAAUGGAAGAAAAAUUUAGAAUCUCACAUGGAUAAUAAGCACAGUAAGAUCUCCUUCUCCUGUACCAUCUGCUUCAAACUCUUCAAAUCACAAAACUCUUUAGACUACCACAAGAAGUCACAUGACGUGAGCCUUCAAUUUCCCUGUGAUGUGUGCGGAAAACGGUUCUUUACAAAAACUAAACUAAAAAUGCACAAGAAUAUCCACACGGGACAUAAACCUUACAAGUGUAUAAAUGAAGGGUGUGGAAGAAGCUUUCACUCCAGUGAUCAGUUAUCACAUCACAAAAAGAUUUGUAGAGUCACUAAAACCCAGGAUGAUGACGGAUCCCUGGCUGUGUUCAGCAUUGUUGAAUCUUCCCAAAUCAAAUCCAAGACGUAAUCGAUAAGUAAUCUUCAAUAUCCAGAACUUACUGAUUAAUCAAUUAGAAAGCCCCUCCCUCUCUCUCUCUCUCUCCUCCAAAAUUAUGUUUUAUUGUUAAAUAUGGAUUUUAAAAAAAAUAAAUGAAUGCA